CCACCCAUCUGUGGGGGUUGGCUCUGCGAAAGUUUGCACAGGAAAGUUUUAAGCUGUCACUGGCUGUCGGGAGGAGACUGAUGGAGGACAGAGGGACCAGACACCCGUAAGCAAACAUUAACACCGCCAUAAAAAGCAGUUUAAAAAAAAAUGCAACCAAAACGCCCCGUGGACGAAGAAUAUGUUGAAGCCUGAAUCAGAGGAGUUUGUAGGGACUGUCACCGCUUAAGUGCAUGGUCGCAGCAAAGCGAAAACAUCCAACAUAGAUGGAAAUAAUUUGAAUUGACAUUCGACGGCCUUUGAGAAAGGCAUUAAAUGCUUCUCAAAUAUAGACCUCCGCCCUGACAAAAUGAACCGGCUGCACGCUUUUGGACAAAGAGAGUCUCCCAUUCACGUCUUCGUCGCGCUUCUGGUGGUCCUGGAAAACUGCAAAGCGUUGGGACUGUCACAUGAACCAGAGAGAUCUCUGGAGGACCUGCCUCAGUAUGAAGUGGUUCACCCUACUAGAGUGGAUGCCAGAGGUCACUUCCUGUCAAACUUCCUGUCUCACCAUGCUCGCCGCGUGCGCCGCCGGGAAGCCUUAGGAGAGCCGGUGGAUUUAGAUAGAAUCUUCUACCACUUCUGGCACGCCGGCUACAGCUUGCACUUUAACCUCACCCUGAAUCCACAUCUGCUGGCUCCGGGCUUCCUGACGGAGAGGAGGCGCGGCGGCCUGGACCGAGCCCAGAUCCAUCCUCCAGGACUUUCUCAGUGCCAUUUCUUGGGUGAAGUGUGGGAUGAAGCCACUGUUAAAGGGAGUGCAGCCAUAAGUACCUGUGAUGGACUGACAGGACUGUUCAAGUUGUCCGACGAAGAGUUCUUCAUUCAGCCUCUGGAGAAGUCAAGUGAUGAGACGUCAGCGCGACAGGCUCACGCCAUCUACAAACGGCACGCGUCCCCUCCCUCCUGGAGUCCAGUCAUACAGCCCAUCUCAGGGAAACAAGUGGUCAACGGUACCUGUGGAGUCAAAAGUUCCCAUCAAAGUUCAGACGGCGCUGAGAGACAGCGGGAGCGGUGGGAGCUCCGGCAGCAGAGAAGAAGGAGGAGAAUCCGGCAGCGCUCAGUCAGCAAAGAGAAGUGGGUGGAAACGCUGGUGGUGGCUGACCCCAAAAUGGUGGACUAUCACGGGAGCAAAGCCGUGGAAAGCUACGUGCUCGCUGUCAUGAACAUUGUCGCUGGUCUGUUCAGAGACCCAAGCAUCGGAAACCCAAUCAACAUUGUGGUCGUUCGACUCAUCCUACUGGAGCAGGAUGAGGACGACUUAAAAAUCACACACCACGCUGACAACAGCUUGAACAGCUUCUGUAAGUGGCAGAAGAAACUCAACAUGAAAGGGGACGAGCAUCCGCUGCACCACGAUGUCGCUGUUCUGCUCACCAGGAAGGACAUCUGUGCAGCUAUCAACAUGCCCUGUGAAACCCUGGGUCUGUCCCACGUGGCGGGGAUGUGUCAGCCACAUCGCAGUUGCAGCAUUAGCGAGGACACGGGCCUCCCAUUGGCCUUCACUGUAGCGCACGAGCUGGGGCACAACUUUGGGAUUCAGCAUGAUGGCAACGGUAAUGACUGUGAACCCAUUGGGAAACGACCUUUCGUCAUGUCUCCACAGCUCCUGUACAGCACCUCCCUGCCCAGGUGGUCCCGGUGCAGUCGCCAAUAUAUCACACGCUUCCUCGAUCGCGGCUGGGGCUCGUGUCUUGAUGAUGCUCCAGGGAAGGACAGGUUGUCCCUGACUUCGGUGCUUCCUGGAGUUCUGUACAGCGCUGUCCAUCAAUGUCGGCUGCAGUAUGGAUCUGGCUCCCUGCUCUGUGAUGACAUGGAUAAUGUAUGCAGCACUCUGUGGUGCACAGUGGGAACAACCUGCCACUCAAAGCUUGAUGGGGCGGUGGAUGGAACGAGCUGUGGUGAGGACAAGUGGUGUUUCGGUGGGGAGUGUGUAGGAGUCGGAAACUACCCAGAGAGUGUUAACGGUGGCUGGGGGUCUUGGAGCGAGUGGUCGGCCUGUUCGAGGACGUGCGGGGUCGGUGUCCAGAGUGCGAAAAGAGACUGCGAUAACCCUGUUCCAAGGUACAGAGGGAAGUAUUGUCUGGGAGAGCGGAAGAAGUAUAAGACCUGCAAGACGCCACCGUGCCUCGAGGACCUGCCGUCCUUCAGAGACAUCCAGUGCAGUCACUUCAACACCCUGCCCUACAAGGGCAAGUUCCACAGGUGGGAAGCAGUCAUCAACAGAGUAAACCCCUGUGAACUCCACUGCCGUCCGCUGAACGAACAUUUUUCUGAAAAGAUGCAGGACGCCGUCACCGACGGGACGCCGUGCUACGAAGGCAACAAAAGCCGAGAUAUGUGCAUCAAUGGCAUCUGUAAGAAUAUAGGCUGUGAUUAUGUGAUUGACUCCAGUGCUGUAGAGGACCGCUGUGGAGUCUGUAAUGGUAAUGGCUCCACCUGCACUACUGUGAGGAGAACAUUUGAAGAGAGCGAAGGACUCGGCUACGUAGAUAUAGGUCUGAUCCCAGAGGGAGCCUGGGACAUUCGGAUCGAGGAGUUGGCUGAAGCAGGGAAUUUCUUGGCAUUACGGAGUGACAAUCCCAACAAGUAUUUUCUGAAUGGAGGAUGGACGAUCCAGUGGAACGGGGAGUACAAGGCGGCUGGAACCGUAUUUACCUACGAGAGGACGGGACACCUGGAAAACCUGACGUCUCCUGGGCCCACAAUGGAACCGCUGUGGAUUCAGCUUCUCUUUCAGGAGACCAACCCAGGAGUGCGGUAUGAAUACACCAUCAGUCGAAAUUAUUCAGAGGACAACAGCAUCCCUGACUCAGUUUUCUUCUGGAAGUAUGGCUCAUGGACUGAGUGCAGUGUCACCUGUGGAGCAGGUGUUCAAAGACAGAUUGUUCACUGCGUAGAAAAGACAACUGGGAUUAUUGAGGAGCACUUCUGCGACCCUUUGACCCGACCUGACGACAACCGAACCAGCUGUAGCAAGGAUCCGUGUCCGGCCAUAUGGUGGGUUGGAGAGUGGCAGAAAUGCUCGGCGAGCUGUGGGAGCUCUGGCCUGGCUAAAAGGACGGUGCUCUGCAUCCAGGCAAUAAGUGUGGAGGAACAGGAAGCCUUGGAUCCCAGUGCCUGUGAACACAUGCCUAAGCCUGAGUCACUGUCUUCCUGCAACACACACAUCCCCUGUCCAUCCAACUGGACCACUGGCAGCUGGUCAAAGUGUUCAGAAACGUGUGGAAGUGGAGCCCGUCACCGUAAUGUAACUUGCUCCAGAAACACAGGCGUUGACUGUGACCCCCAAAAGAAACCUCUCGCCGUCUCUACCUGCCACAUACAGGACUGUCCGCCGGUUGUGGAUAACUUUGGAGGUAUCGAGUGGUCUGGAAGCGGCUGGUCCAGCAAAGAAGUGCUAAAUGAAAUUAACCCCGUACCCGCAGUUAAACCCCCACAGAAACACAGUGCCACCCGAGUCCAGCCGAGAACUCAUGGUGAUCUUAAUAACAUCGUCGAGGGAGAUUUUUACUACCACAAUAACAUCGAAGAUACUGAUCACCCUGAGGGUAAGCACGUUCAAGUCGAUGACUUUUAUUACGACUACAACUUCAUCAAUUUUCAUGAAGACUUGUCGGACGAUUUUGAGAGCGGUGACAGGGAUUCUGCGGACAAUCACAGAUUCAACAUGAAAACCACAACAGCUCCCUCAGCCACUUCAGCCAUUUCUACGGUUUUAAAGACAACUGCCUAUAGUUUGAAAACUGGAGAGCCACAGAACACAAAAGUGGACAAUUUGAAGAACAGUAGAAAAGCAGCCACAAAAGACUCUGAAAGCUUGGAGGAUUUUCUUUCAGAGGAUCAUCUUCUGCCAGUGUCUGCUACUCACUUGCCACCACUGUCAACAACUCAACAUUUUCAAACGCUACAAGAGAAACAAGGCAAUUUGUGGCAGCCUGAAGACACUAGCGAAGAUCCUAGUCUGGUUUUGAGUACACAACAAUCUCCACGGGUUGUGAAAUGGGGGCAAUAUGGGGAGGAGGCUGAAAAUAACUCUGACAAUUUCAGUGAGGAAGAAAGUCAUACUGAGGAUGUCACUCCUCCUACUCGGAGAUAUCAAACCAUUACCAGUGCUGUUGUCUCCACAACCAUUAAUUCCCAGGAGAUGGAGGAAGAUGAUGGUUAUGAGUAUAUCUCUGCAGAAGAAGAUGUAAAGAGCCCUUUCCCCUUCUCACCCUCACCAGGUACUUUAAAUCAGGUAAAGACUGACGUCCAACUGGAUGAAAAUGGUCCAGAAAUACCUCAAACAACCAGUAAUCCAGUUGACAAGUCAACACUAUUUCCCCUCUUCACAACAGAGGAUUCAGAUAUGGAUCGGAGCGACUUUAAUACACUACAUGCCACCAGUGAGGGAAAUCCAUGGGAUACUGACCUUGGCCUCGCUGCAACCUCACUCCCUGGCUCUGAGGAAUACACUCCUCCUUCCAUUCCCUUUCCAACAACCUCAGGUAACCAAGAUGCCUCUGAUGACUCCACAUCACUAACUGGAACUGAAACGAUACCUCCUACAAAUCAUAAGGGAGCUGCUCAGCCGCCCACAGCUCAUUUCCUGACAGCGUCAGUGGAGCAGACACCUCCAAACCCUGCCUUCGGUGAAACGACUGGAAGAGACCCCACAACCCAAAGUCCAUCGUUCGAAUUUCCUGAUUUUGACUACAACGCAAUUAUCAUCCCCCAGUUGACGAGGAGCAGCAUUAGCCGUGACACUGACCCUUCAUACCAGUUUACGACAGGAACAGGACCCAGUCUUCAACACAGCGCAUCAACAGUGACGCCCAGGAAAUCACCACCAACACCUGCCGGGCCGACUUUGCCAACCCAUCCCCCUAUUCAGUGGUCACUUCCAGUGUCAGGAUCUGUCCAAACAUCAGCCACACAAGCCACUAACGCUGCCUACUGGAUUGCUGGUAACUGGAGCACUUGCUCCACUAGUUGUGGUCUGGGUGCCAUCUGGAGACCUUUGGCUUGCAGCACUGGAGCAGACUCUGACUGCGAUCCAGCCAAGAGGCCUGCCCCAGCCCAGCGGUGUUACCUGCGCCCCUGCUCCUCGUGGAAAAUUGGCGAAUGGAGCAAGUGCUCCAAAAAUUGUGAAGGCGGCUUUAAAUCACGAGAGGUCCAGUGUUUUGACCUGAGGGAUCAACGGCCCCUACGACCUUUCCACUGCAGAGCCAUGUCCUCCAGGCCUCAAACCCAAAUCCCGUGUAACCUUCAACCCUGUCUUGACUGGUACACCUCGUCCUGGGGUCAGUGCUCUGAGGUGUGUGGAGGAGGGGAGCAGCAGCGUAUUGUCACUUGCCCAGAAGACGAUCAAUGUGACCGGGACCUUCAGCCCAGCAACAUGCAGUCGUGUAACAGUCAACCUUGUGCUCAAUGGCACACUGGAUCGUGGGGGCAGUGUUCAGCCUCUUGCGGAGGCGGAGUGCAGCAUCGACUCAUGAAAUGCGUCAACACGAAGGCUGAGAUGGAGGAGGAAGUGGAUCAAACUCAGUGCGACCACGAGCCGCAGCCCGAGACCACCCAAAAGUGUAACACACAGGAGUGUGACAGCGCCCCCCCUGGGGCAGUGUGUCUUCGUGACCGAGUGUCGUUUCGUUUCUGUCUGACUCUGCGCUGGCUCGGCCGUUGCUCCCUGCCCAACGUGCAGGCGCAGUGCUGCAAAACCUGUAGCCAGCGGUUCCACUCCAGCAGCACGUCUCACCGCAGGGGCGCAACGGAGUAACCGCCGGCGUGCUUCACCUGCACGGACGCUGAUCGUUGCGUUGGGUGAUGCCGUCUAAGUCAUCAUUUAAGGUCAACAAUCUGAGCCUUUUCCUGAUUUCUUCACUAUCACAAACAAAUUAUGAAUGAGUCACAAUCCAAAACUUUACAAGUUUGUCCUGAUGAGUGCAGAGGUGAUUUUAAUUGAACAUUUAACAAAGAACAGUGGGACUGUAAGUAUUUGUUUGCACUUUUUAUACUUCACUUUUGACCAGAAUGACAUGUUUUUGAAUCAGGAUUUCUUUGUAGCAUAUAUGGCUACAGAUAAGUUAAAAAACUUUCUCUUAUCAAUGCUUAAUAAUGCAUUUUUACACAUUAUUAGACAAACCACUCAUUAACCUUUAGGGUUGGUACAAUGCUUUUAUUUUGCUGACAGAAGCAAACACUGUACAGGUCAAAACCGAGAGUAUACAGCCUUGCAGUGAUUGUUUUCUUUUUUUAACAUAUAAUGUGGUACAAGUGUUUUGAAGCAAAAAAAAUAAGUGGUGCAUAAAUGCUUCUUGGGAUUUUUAAAUAACUGACCAUUUGCUAAGCCUUGUCCUGAUGUUUUCUAUCAGACAAACUUGAAAAUAUGUAUAUUUUUAAGUUAUUUAUGUAAAAAUAAAAGAGGCAGGGAGCUUGUGCUUUUCGCCCUGGGUUCUUAGUUAACAUGAUCCACAUUCACUUCUGUAAUGAUAAAUACAACAGGUUGAAAUAAACUGGAAUUAAGCUUUAAUUGCUGUAGCUACACCUGUCCUCCAUUCUACAUACACAGUUUAAAGUAUCAGUGGCAGAUUCAAAAAUUAUUAGUCGCUAGCUCCACAAUCUGAACUCCGUCUAAGCCUGAGUUUUUAUUUUUAUUUAUUUAUUUUUUUCAUUUUAACACGCUUAUCUUACAAACCAACAGAGUAGUGUCAUUCUUCUGUCAACAGUGCAUGUCUACUUUUGUUGCUACGAGAAAAUAGGCUUUACAGAUUCAAAUUAACCGAUACAUUUAUCGAGCGUAUUGCCCCCUUUGUUGAAGUCAGUCACGUGCAGCCAUCCAGGUCAUGGUAUUAUACGGUGGAUGUGCUGAUUAUGAAUAAAAAAUAUUUAGCUGCAAAACUUCAUAGGCUAGCUCACUCUUCAAAAGCUAGAUUUAUAAUUCCCCUUUGGAUCUAUGCCACAGGUACGCUGUAGGUAGUCUGGAGUCACGCC